AGGGACCGAAGUGUUCCGUGGCAGGAAGGAAGGUGGAUGCCACCUGGGUGGUCCUCUUGCUAGAGAUGGGAAGAAGUGGUUCUUCCUGGGAUCAAAAGGGAUAGUAGUGGUAGGGCCAGAUCCGGUCGCCACCACCAUUUUCCGUUGUCACCAUCUCUGUCAAUAGGCGGUAAGAAACGGAGGCGUUGAACUUGGCGGUGGGGACUGUACCCACCAAACCAAGAGGCGUCCGAAAAAGGGCUACCCCAGAAAAAGUGCAGCCCGAUAAUUUCAGACCGCCGAGCAAAUCUUAGCGGUAGGCCCUCCACGGCUCCUUCCCACACAUUUUAAGGCAGUCACUCUUUCCUCACAUUCUCCAACGAUAUCAUCAGGCGAUGGAGUCGAUUAGACGGACACCCACCUCCCUACUUUGAAUAAACGACUCUGUCUUCUAUAAAAUCCCGCCAACCAUCUUCUUUUGAUUAGGCAUUUGUUCGUUAUUGGGUGUUUUGGAGGUGGGAUUCCUAGCAAACAGGGAUGGGUGCCUUGGACGAGGGAUGUUUUGAGGUCGAUGUGGGGAACGAUGUGAAGCUAGGGAUCAUGAGUGUGUGUGAGGAUCUGGAUGACGGAGAAGAAGUGUUAGAGGAGGAUGGUGGGAUUGCUGUUAUUGAGGAUGCCGUGAAGGUGCUGCUUCAGGGUCUUGGUGAAGAUGUCAAUAGGGAGGGACUGAAGAAGACUCCCCUUCGCGUUGCGAAGGCGCUUUGCGAUGGGACCCGAGGUUAUAAACAAAAGGUGAAGGACAUAGUUGAUGGUGCCUUGUUUCCAGAAGCUGGUGUGGAUAGCAGAAUUGGCCAUGCAGGAGGAGCUGGUGGUCUUGUGGUUGUCCGUGGUCUUGACCUCUUCUCUUACUGUGAAUCAUGCUUGCUUCCUUUCAAGGUCCGUUGCCAUGUUGGUUACAUCCCAUCGGGACAACGAGUCGUAGGACUGAGCAAGCUGUCAAGGGUUUCAGAUGUCUUUGCCAGGAGGCUGCAAAAUCCCCACAGACUUGCUAAUGAAAUCUCGGCUGCAUUAUAUAACAGCAUCAGGCCAGCUGGUGUUGCUGUUUUCCUGCAGUGUUGGCAUAUUCAAUUUCCAGAAGAGGAAGAUGGACAUGCUCAGGUUUUCUCUUCAGAAGAGAUGCAUGGGUGGAAAGAAGUUCCCGUUCGUGCUGGUUCUGGUGUUUUUGAAGAUGAAAAGAGUAAUGUUUGGACUGAUUUUUCUGCGCUUUUGAAAUUCAAGGGUGUCAACAUAGAGAAAGCCCAAGUGAAGCAGCCCGUCUACCAGUCAUGGUGCAUCGCUGGGUCCAAGGAGUUGUGCAAUGGGCAUGGUGCCAAAAAUGGCUUCAAUUCGAGAAAUGCAACUAAGCCUGGUGGAACAAAUCAAUCAGCCAUGACUUCUGCAGCCAUUUCAAUACUCCAUGCACUUGGUGAAGAUCCUUCAAGGGCUGGGCUUGCAGGCACUCCACAUCGAUUUAUUCAGUGGCUGACAAAUUUUAAGCGAUCAAGCUUAGAGUUAAAGCCGAGCCUCUUUGGUAACCCAAAUUCGGGUUGGCAAAGUCAUAAUGGAAAUGGAAAAAUCAAGAAUCUUGGAAAUGGUUACAUGAGCAAUCUAUGUUCCGAGCUGAACUUGCCAUUCUGGUCACAGUGUGAGCACCAUCUGCUCCCUUUUCAGGGUGUGGUGCACAUUGGCUACAUAGCCGAUGAGGAGCAGGUAGUUGUAGAAAGGUCCUCCAUGCAGUCUCUGGUACAUUUCUAUGGAUACCACCUUCAAGUUCAAGAAAGGCUAACAAGACAGAUUGCAGAAAGUGUUUAUUCUGUCUUCAGUAGAGGGGUUAUUGUGGUCGUGGAAGCCAACCAUAUAUGCAUGAUUUCUAGAGGCAUUGAGAAGGUGGGGAGCAGCACUGCUACAAUUGCAGUGCUUGGUCACCUUGCUUCUGAUUCUGAAGCCAAAGCCAAGUUUCUUCAAACCGUUUCCAAGAGGUCCGCAUCAGGCAGUUAAAUUGCCCUCCACAAACCAAAGAAGGGAAUAUCUGGACUUUAUUCUCAUCAGAUAUUCGUCUGAGAUUUGCUGUUCCUGCUGCCCUUUUCCACCUUGUCAUGGCUAGAGAGGGGCACGGAAUGGCUUAGCAAAGUCUUCGCUUCAUUAUGUAGGCUUCUUUUGGAAAUCUGCCGGGCAAUUAAAUUCUUCUUUUCGGUGGGUAGUUCUCAUUUUAAUAUAUCAAUUCCAAGCGUAGUCAGUUAUUUAUUGGUUUCAGUUAACAUCUCAAUGGAUGAAGGAAACCUGGAAAAAAGCUUUGAAUCGGAA